AAUACAAGUCCUAAAUGAAAAUAAAAGCAGGUCAUGUCAGCCACGUGGGUAGUGUAAAAUGAUACACAGCGCUUCCUAUUGGUCCACACAGUCUCGCGGCGUCAAACGAUCCUCCUCUUCCCUUUCCGCGCGCCAGCAGCGUUUUCCCGCGAACUCUCAGCUCCACAAUAACUCAGUUGAGCUGGACAGUUCUGGGCCUGCUGGAAUGGAAUAUAUGAUUUUUUUUUUUUUUGAAUAAUUAAACACUAUAUUGCGCAGCACCCUUUUGGAGACAUGGCGAAGCAAAGUUCUCUUUUUAAUUUCUUCACGAAGUCGCCGCCUCUCGCGGUGAAGGCCAAAUCUAACCCAUCUCCAGUGGAGGCAGAUGCAGUGAGCAGAUCCAACACCUCGCCCAAAGAAGAAGCCAAAGUCAACAGCAAGAAAACGCCAUCAAAACCCUUCAAAUCUCAAACUAAAGCUGGGCAUGCGAAACUAUUCGGAGAGAAAGCAGUCACUGCAAAAGAGAGCAAAGAACCGUCAUCCAUAUUUAGUGCUGGCACUCUGGUUUGGGCCAAGAUGGAAGGACAUCCCUGGUGGCCCUGUAUGAUUGUUCCUCAGCCUCUCACCGGACAGCAGAUGAGGGGCCGUGGCCGAGACCAAAGACUACACGUUCACUUCUUUGAUGAACCACCAACCCGAGGUUGGGUUAACACGAAAUACAUAAGAGAGUAUCAAGGCUCUGAUCAUGCAGAUGCCAAAUCCGGUGGCGUGUUCUUCAGCGGUAAGCCUGUGAUCCGUAAAGCAAUGGAGCUGGCAGAUGUUGCGAUGAAGGACAAGCCUGAGCAGAGACUGAAGAUGUCCAUGUGCAUGGAUCCUUCAGGUGACGAAGAGGAGGAUGAUGAGGAUAUGGAGGUUGAUAAGUCAACCUUAUCAGAUGCAGAAAUGUCUGAGGAAGAGGUUAAAGAAAAGGCGAAGCCCAGUCGACGUUCAUCUCGUGCUGCAGCUGAUAAAGGUCAAAACCCGAAGCGUCGCCGAAUCGUGGUGGCGUCUGACAGCGAUGACUCCGGUGAGGAGUUCAAACCUGAUCAGGCAGGAGGAAGCAGUGACGAGGAUGACGAGGAGGGAGUGUGUAGCGGGGCUGAGGAAGAAGAAAGCGAGCCGGAGACGGAACCAGACAGCCCUGUGAAACCGGUGAAGCGCAAACGUCUUUCAGAAAAGCCUGCCAAGUCAAAGGGCAAACCAGAUCCCCCAAAACGAGCACCUGCAGCUCUUUCAUCAGUGGCAUCUGACACCAAAUCUCGACUUUCUGCUUUCUCCGCACCGGACAACUUCGAAAGUCAGAGCGGCAGCACAAACGGGACAGAUGGAGGACCAACUGUGUGGGACCACGAGAAGCUCGAGUGGCUGCAAGACGGCAAGAGAAAGGAUGCACAACGUAAACGUCAGUCUGACGAAAACUACGACCCUACGACUCUAUACGUACCCGAUGAUUUCCUUAACAGGACGACGCCUGGAAUGCGCCGUUGGUGGCAGCUGAAGUCUGAGAUGUUUGAUACCGUUCUGUUCUACAAAGUUGGUAAGUUCUACGAACUCUACCACAUGGACGCUGUGAUUGGCGUCAAUGAACUCGGUCUUACCUUCAUGAAGGGUGCUUGGGCCCAUUCUGGUUUCCCCGAAAUCGGCUUUGGGCGCUUCUCAGACGUGCUCGUGCAAAAGGGCUACAAAGUGGCUCGCGUGGAACAGACCGAGACCCCUGAGAUGAUGGAAGCACGAUGUAAGACGUUGGCACGUCCCACUAAAUUCGACCGCGUCGUCAAGCGAGAGGUUUGCCGAAUCAUCACGCGAGGGACUCAGACGUACAGCGUGCUCGACGGCGCCCCUUCUGAAACUCAAAGCAAGUAUCUGUUGAGCAUUAAAGAGAAGAGCGAGGAGGACAGCGCGGGACACGGACACAUCUACGGGGUGUGUUUCAUUGACACCUCGGUGGGACGCUUCCAUAUCGGUCAAUUCCAGGAUGACCGUCAUUGUUCCCGUUUGCGUACUCUGGUGGCGCAUUAUUCUCCAGCCCAGGUGCUUUACGAGAAGGGCAACCCGUCAGCUGAGACGCUGAAAAUCUUUAAGGCCAUCUUGUCGUCAACUCUACAAGAAGGCCUCAAUGCUGGUUCGCAGUUUUGGGAUGCACAGAAGACCCUCAAGGUCCUUGCAGAGGAAGACUACUUCAACGAAAGCAAAGCCGAUGAUGAAAAGGCAUCAGUGUUGCCUUCGACUCUAAAAGCAAUGACGUCCGAAUGCGAUGCUUUAUGUCUCACUCCAAAAACGGGUUACGAACUUGCUCUUUCUGCACUUGGCGGGUGCAUGUUCUACUUGAAGAAAUGUCUAGUGGAUAAGGAGCUCUUUUCAAUGGGAAACUUCGAGGAGUAUGUUCCUGUUGACGUAGAGAUGGAGCAGGCUGGAGGAGCGUCGUGUUUCUUUGCCCAGACUCGUCAACGAAUGGUUUUGGAUGGAGUGACUCUUGCUAACCUUGAGAUCCUUCAGAACAGCUCAACUGGAGGUCCUGAGGGAACCCUACUUGAGCGACUGGACACGUGUUGCACUCCCUUUGGCAAACGCUUGCUAAAACAAUGGCUCUGCGCCCCUCUUUGCAAUCCAUCCUCCAUUGGAGAUCGCUUCGAUGCCGUGGAGGACCUGAUGGGCACGCCGUCCCAAUCGACCGAAGUCACAGACCUGCUAAAGAAGCUUCCGGAUCUCGAAAGACUGCUUAGCAAGAUUCACAGCAUGGGUACUCCUUUGAAAGGACAGGACCAUCCGGACUCCCGAGCCAUUCUGUACGAAGAAGUCGUCUACAGCAAACGCAAGAUCGCCGACUUUCUCGCAGCACUUGAGGGCUUUAAAGUAAUGAGAGAAAUCAUGACGAUCAUGGAGCCCGUUGCAGAAGGCUUCAAAUCUAAACUGCUGCGUCAAGUGAUGCUCCUUAAGACCGAAAACGAAGAUGGGCUUUUCCCCGACCUUUCGCCAGAGCUCAAACGUUGGGAUACGGCUUUCGACCAUCAGAAAGCUCGCACCACAGGCGUCAUCUCGCCAAAGGCUGGCUUCGAUCCCGAGUACGACCAAGCCUUAAAUGGGAUAAAAGACUGUGAGAGAGGCCUGCAGGAAUACCUGGACCGACAGAAGAAGCGACUGGGCUGUAAGAAUCUGUCUUAUUGGGGAACGGGAAGGAACCGCUACCAGCUCGAAGUUCCAGACAGUGUUUCCGAGAGAAGCUUGCCAGAGGAGUACGAGGUGAGGUCCACUAAGAAAGGCUGGAAACGGUACUCGACUAAAGAGAUUGAACGGCUGUUUUCAGAGCUACAGACCUGGGAAGACAAACGAGACACAGCGCUGAAGGACUGCAUGAGAAGACUCUUCUACAAUUUCGACAAGAAUUGCAAAGACUGGCAGACAGCGGUUGAAUGCAUGGCAGUGCUUGACGUGCUGUUGAGCAUGUCCCGGUACAGUCAGACCGGCGACGGGCCCAUGGUGAGACCAGAGAUAGUUCUCCCGGGUGACGGGUCUCAGUCACGCCCCUUCCUGGAUCUCAGAGGGUCCCGUCACCCUUGCGUCACCAAGACCUUCUUCGGUGAUGACUUCAUCCCCAAUGACAUCUUCAUCGGCUGCCCUGGUAGUGAAGAUGAUGAUGAUAAUGGUAAAGCGCUUGCCCCAUGUGUUUUGGUCACUGGACCAAACAUGGGAGGCAAGUCCACCCUAAUGAGACAGUGUGGUCUGGUGGUGAUUUUGGCCCAGCUAGGCUGCUAUGUACCUGCUGAGAGUCUGCGCCUCACUCCUGUGGACCGAGUCUUCACUCGUCUUGGCGCCUCUGAUCGUAUAAUGUCAGGGGAAAGUACGUUCUUUGUGGAGCUGAGCGAGACGGCCAGCAUCCUGCUGCACGCCACCAACCACUCCCUCGUCCUGCUGGAUGAACUGGGCAGAGGUACGGCCACGUAUGACGGCACAGCCAUUGCGAGCGCAGUGGUGAACGAGCUGUCAGAGAAGAUCUGCUGCCGGACCCUGUUCUCCACUCAUUACCACUCACUGGUGGAGGACCACGUCCAGGACCCCGCCGUCAGACUCGGACACAUGGCCUGUAUGGUGGAGAAUGAGUGCGAGGACCCCAGUCAGGAGACCAUCACCUUCCUGUACAAGUUCAUCGCUGGCGCAUGUCCCAAGAGUUACGGCUUCAACGCAGCUCGCCUGGCGAACAUCCCGGAGGAAGUCAUCCAGUCCGGCCAUAAGAAGGCCCGCGAGUUUGAGAGGAGCACCGUGUCUCUCCGGAUAUUCAAGAAGUUGUGCUCAUUUGCUGAAAGCCCCACGGCUGACCGCGAGCAGUUCACAACACUGGUUCAGAUGAUCGGCAGCUUGUGAUGGAAAAUGUUUUUUCUUUGUUUUAAGUUCUUCUGUUCACCAUUCCAUGAGUUAUUUUGUUGUCACGUAGAAAGCAAGCACUCACUACUGAAAUGAUCUAAUAAAGUUUAUUUUUAAAAAUGUAA